GUUUUGUAUGUAUGCGCUUCUUGUGCUUGGAUUUAUAGCUAGCUGAGACUUUCACUUGUCUUUGCCUAUUAUCAAUAGCCAUUAUCUCUCUUAACUUCCUCAUUACAGCGCCUCAUUAGCCUUCAAAGGCUAAUGUGCUCUCUCUUUUAACUUCAUUUCUUUACUUUCAAGUUUCAUGGGUUCAUUACCCUUUUAAGAGAGAGAGAGAAGGAGAGAGAGAGAGGGAUUGAGAGGCUCAGAUCUCUUGAGCAUUUGAGAGUAUCUGGAAAUGGGUUCUGGGAUUUCUGAGUUUUUGGUAAUGGGGCUGUGUUUUUGGGUGUGUUUCUUUAGCUUCAGCUUGGUUUCUGUGAGUUCACAGAAUGCGGUAGGAAAUGGAAGUAAUGUUGAAGGGACAGUUUUCAUAGAUGGGAAAAGUGCCAUUGGGAGGAUUGAUGAUGAUUUUAUAUGUGCUACCUUGGAUUGGUGGCCUCCUGAGAAAUGUGACUAUGGAACUUGUAGUUGGGGUAGAGCUUCUCUUCUUAAUCUGGAUUUGAGCAACGAUAUUUUCUUAAACGCCAUAAAGGCUUUUUCACCAUUGAAGAUUAGAUUAGGUGGUACCUUGCAGGACAAGGUCAUUUAUGAAACUGAAGACAAUAAGCAAACUUGCACACCUUUUGUUAGGAACACCUCAGAGUUGUUUGGUUUUACUCAAGGGUGCUUGCCUUUGAAUAGAUGGGAUCAAUUGAACUCCUUUUUCAAGGCAUCCGGGGCAAAGAUUAUUUUUGGAUUGAAUGCACUUGCUGGGCGAACUAUACAGAAAGAUGGUUCUGCAACUGGAGCUUGGGAUUACUCCAAUGCUGAAUCCUUUAUACGUUAUACAGUAAAAAAGAAUUACCCAAUUCAUGGUUGGGAGCUAGGAAAUGAAUUGAGCGGGAGCGGAGUUGGAACAAGAGUAGCAGCAGACCAAUAUGCCACUGACACCAACGCUCUGCAGAAAAUAGUGCAAAAUAUAUACAAUGGAGUUGAACCAAAGCCACUGAUUGUAGCUCCUGGGGGUUUCUUUGAUACAAAUUGGUUCAAAGAAUUCCUGGACAAGACAUCCAAAUCUUUAGACGUGCUAACUCACCAUAUAUAUGAUCUAGGGCCAGGGGUUGAUUCACAUCUUGUUGAGAAGAUUCUCAAUCCAUCCUAUCUCGACGGUGAGGCCAACACUUUCAGAAGCCUCCAUAACACCCUCAAGAGCUCUGCAUCGUCUGCAGUUUCUUGGGUUGGGGAGGCUGGAGGGGCUUAUAACAGUGGCCGGAAUCUCGUCACUAACUCAUUCGUGUUUAGUUUCUGGUAUCUGGAUCAGCUUGGUAUGUCAGCAGCUUUUGAUACCAAAACUUACUGUAGACAGUCAUUAAUUGGUGGAAACUAUGGAUUGCUCGACACCACCAACUUAGCCCCAAAUCCAGACUACUACAGUGCUCUUCUUUGGCACCGGUUGAUGGGACGAAAUGCGCUGUCAACAAGCUUUUCUGGGACGAAAAAGAUUCGUGCCUAUGCACAUUGUGCAAAACAAUCUAAAGGGAUUACGGUCCUACUAAUCAACCUUGACAAUAGCACCACGGUUCUGGGAAAAGUUGCCUUCAAUGGAACAUGGAGUUUAGAACAAAAACAAACGCAUCAUCACCGUCACCACCACCACCAUCAUCAUAGAUCAAGGACUUCUAUUCCUCGCUCUUUAAAGAGUGAGACAGCAAGAGAAGAAUAUCAUCUAUCCGCAAAGGAUGGUGAUUUACACAGCCGAACCAUGCUUCUCAAUGGAAACAUUUUAAGUAUAGAUUCAUCAAGCAACAUACCUACCUUGCAGCCUGUAUAUAUUAAUUCCUCGAAACCGAUAGUGGUUCGCCCAUUCUCAAUUGUAUUUGCUCACAUACCAUAUGUCGUCGUCCCUGCUUGCCAGUAGGCGAGUAACAUGGAGCUGCAACUGGUUCCAUAUAGUGAUUGAUAAUAAGAGAAUACAAUUCAAAUGUAUUAGUAACUUUUUGCAAGAAAUAAUACAAAAGCAGAGUAUUCAAAAUA